AUGCAGCUGGUGCGAGAGCGGUACGGGGGCAGCGUGCAGCGGUGGGUGCAUGCCGCAGUUGCCGCCACAGGGGGGCAUACCGGCAUGGAGUGGGGGAGCGGUGGUGUGGGGCAGGAAGCAGGACAGAGCAGAGGGUUCAGAACAGGGCAGCGAGAGAGGGCAGGGAACAGUGGGAGAGAGGGGGAAGAGGGUAUGAGGGGGAGCGGAAGGGGAGCAGGUUGCAGGGGGGAUAAGGGAGGGCCGAGGGGAGGAGAGCGGUGUGGGACAGACGGUGCUGGUGGGGAAGUGGAGCAGCAGAGAGCAAAGAGGAGGCGAGUGGAGCGUGGGGAGAUGGAUGGGGGGGAGGUGGGGGGAGAGGUGUGGGGAGAGAGAGCGCAUAAUUCAGGGCGGGAGAGGGGAGAGGGGGCGGAGGGGGAGCAGGUGGGGAGGGAGGGGGAGGGGAAUGGGGGUGCAUGUGAUGGUGCUGACGAUGGUGCAUGUAUGGAGUGGUUGGGAGAAGAGGGAGGAAUGAGAGGGGGCCGGAGUGGUGGGCAGGAGGAGAGGAAUGCAAGGGGACAGGAGGAGGGGGCACGAGACAGUGGAGACGAUGAGGUGGGAGAGAGCGGGAGAGGUGGGGGAGGUGGGGGAGGUGGGGGAGGAGAGAGGGCGGUGAGGGGAGGUGGGUGCGGGCGGGGGAGAGGGGGGGCGGAGAAGGAAGGGGGCAAGGGGGAGGGGGAGAGGGCGGGCGUGAAGGGGAGGGGGGCGUCUCUCUCGCGCAGGCUGGCUCUGUCCAAGUGGAAGCGAAUCCAGCCGGAGCAGCUGAGAGGGUCAGAUGCGUGCGAGCUGGCAAUGACAUACCGCAUGGCUCUGGAGGCUGCUGGCAUGGCCGCAGGGCCAGGGGGCGGCGCGUCUGCUAGCACUGGUGGUGAUGGUGCUGCUGUUGCUGCUCAGUCUGCUAUGACUGGUAGCGCAAGUGAGGGGACACACGGGGCAGACAGAGUGGUGCAGGGAGCACGAGGAGCAGAGGGGGUCCAAGGGGCACGAGGAGCAGAGGGGGUCCAAGGGGCACGAGGAGCAGAGGGGGGCCAAGGGGCACAACAGGGCGCACAUGCAGCAGGGGGAGGAGAGGCAGGUGGCGGGUUGCAGGAGACGCCUUGGGAGGAGCUGACAGUGGCUCAGAUGGAGCAGAUGCUACAGGAGACCAAGAGGCUGAUAGCAGCGAGCGAGCGAGCACACAUCUGCCCACACACCAGUUGCCCGCGCAAGUUUGCCACACCAGGGUCGCUGAGGGACCACCUGAACGAGCACUCGGGGCAGCGCCCCUACCAGUGCUCCGUGCACGGCUGUGGCGAGCGCAUGGCCACCAGGCAGCUGCUGGGCCGGCAUGUGAAGAAGCACGAGUGCUUGCACGCGUGUGCGGUGCCGGGGUGUGGGAAGCGGUUCGCCUUCAGAGAACGGCUGGUGGUGCAUCAGCGCACGCACAGCGAGGAGAGGCCGUUGCAGUACCCGUGGGAGGUUACCUUUACUUUCUUUCCUCCGUUCCCUCAUCCCCUACAACCCCCUUUCCCCCCUAACUGA